GUGAUGUACUGAAAGGAUGCAAUUUCUUACGAGGCAAAUUCGCUUUUCGAAUGCUUUAGGUGCAAUUCGUCAUAUCAAGUUCCUUCAUUUUUAUAUUGUCAUGGAAAAUACAAGGUGACUGACGAAAUGAGAUCAACGUUCAAUCAAAAUGGCUAUGCCAUUGUCAGAAACAUAUUGGAUCAUGAAGAGAUUUCUAAGUUGAACGACGCUCUUGAAACUGAUGGUGGAAUCAUGCAGCAUGCUUACUUUGUAAACGAUGGUCGAGGUCGUCGCAGUAAGCUCUGCAUCUGGAAGCAUCCUGGCCAUGACAUAACCGGUAUGGUAGCUCGCUCAGAAAAGGUAGCUGGAACGAUGGAACAAUUGUUGGGUGGCGAAGUGUAUCAUUAUCACACCAAACUGAUGAUGAAAGAGGCGUUCACCGGAGGGUCAUUUGUGUGGCAUCAAGAUUAUGGAUAUUGGUACAUGAACGGUUGCUUGUAUCCAGACAUGGGCACCGCUUUUAUAGCUAUUGAUCGAUGUGAUGAAGAAAACGGCUGCCUGCAGGUGGUUCGUGGGUCCAAUCAUCUUGGACGUCUUGAUCAUGGUCGCGUUGGUGGUCAGACUGGGGCCAAUGCUGAUCGAGUGGCUGAAAUCUUGAAGGAGCUUCAUGUCGAUGACGCUGUUCUUGACCCUGGCGAUGCAUUGUUUUUUCAUUGCAAUCUUCUUCACAAAAGCAACAGAAAUGAUAGUGCACGCAGGCGUUGGGCAUUUCUUAUUGCCUACAAUCGAGCCAGCAACAACCCAACAGUUGAGCAUCAUUGUCCAAGAUAUACACCAUUAGAAAAGGUUGAAGAUGUUGAAGUAAGAAGGAGCUCUAACUACAGUGAUAUGACUGGAAAAGAUUUCAUGGAUCCUAGCACUGAUAGGACAGCUGAUGGCAAGAAAUGAGAUCUAGUGAAUGAAGCUUACCAUUCCAAUUUUUUACAUCUGUUAUUUAAAUGUUUUCAACAAAGAAAUCGUUGACAAAAAGACUCCUGACGUCCGUUGCGCUGGUUCAGAACAUUUUCGGAGUUUUGAUAGAUAUUUGUUCUUUUUGCAGUUUGUAUUUGAUGGGUACAAGUAAAUGCUAUCAAACAAUUGUGAUUGCAUUGUAUUCUAACGUAAUGUACGUCUAUACUUG